UAAUAGGAGUGAAACAUCUACAUCUGAUAACACAGAAACUUAUCAAGAGAAUACAAGUUCUUCUGGGCAUCCCACCUUUAAGUGUCCCUUAUGUCAAGAAUCAAAUUUCACCAGACAGCGUUUAUUGGAUCACUGUAAUAGUAACCACCUAUUUCAGAUAGUUCCUGUGACAUGUCCUAUUUGUGUGUCUCUUCCUUGGGGAGAUCCUAGCCAGAUUACUAGAAAUUUCGUUAGUCAUCUAAAUCAAAGACAUCAGUUUGAUUAUGGAGAAUUUGUGAAUCUUCAGCUAGAUGAAGAAACCCAAUAUCAAACUGCUGUGGAAGAGUCUUUUCAAGUAAACAUCUGAUGUGUAUAGACAUCUCUGCAUCUUUGUACCUUCAAGUGCCAUCUUUAAGAAGACAACAUGAAGUCACCGUUUCAGUAAUUUGCUGUGCAUAUUAAUAAAAAUAAUAAUUCAGUCUACUGUAUUAGGUUUUUAAUUGAAAAUAAAGGUGGGCCACCCUAACUCCAUUCUCUAGACAAUUAUAUUAACAGCAUGGAAAGGUUGUAUUUCACCUGUGUGGUGAAAACGGAAUCUCUGUUGUCUUUUCUUUCUUGUAUUACAUAUUCUGAAUGUUCCAUUAAGUUGUUUUUGAUAUUUGAUGCAGUUCUUUCUAUUUACUUUAGUACAGAGAUGACAGUAGCAAAUUCUGAAAGAUGUGACGCCUGUAAAACUAAUAAACCUGAGCCAUUUGUCAGAGCUGCAGAAUGGAAACUUGAAGUGCUAAGUGGGAUCAUCCAAAGGGAUUUUGUAAAGUAUAGAUUCUAGCUGAGGAAUUCAACAAUAAGAAAAUUGUAUUUAUAUAAUGUUUAGUAUUUUUGAAGACUAGUGAGAUUUCUUUAAUAAUUUUGACUUUGAAAGCAUAUUGUACAAGUGUUCUUCUUUUGCUAUUAGAGCAUAUCAAGAGAAGAAAAAAGUUUUCUUUGGUGGUUAGUUUAUUUCAAUCUAGCUUGAGUAAUUUGUAAGCCUAAAAUAAGUUGUACGACAGUUCUUUGUAGUCAGCAUUUCUCACUAGCUGAUGAAACUUUUCAGUCAGUGAUGAUAUAUUAUACUUAGUUUUUUAAAAAUCCAAAGUUGAAGAUGUAUGUGGAUAUGUACAUACACUUUUGCAUGUAUAUAUACACAUAUAUAUCUUUGCCUAGAGUCUGUCAGGUUAUGUAUAGAAUUUCUAUUAAGAGUUUUAAUAAUGGACAAGCAAUAUAGGAUUGAAGUAUUUAUCUCAUUUGUUUAAUUAAAAUUUUGUAUGUUACCAAAUUUUUAAAACAGUAAUCCAAGCACUAAGUGGUACAGCUGGCUGUUAUUAUACCUGAACAAUUUGUUACAUGGUGCUCAUUUGCUAUUCUUGAAAAUAAUGCAUAGGUGAUGUAGUGAGAGAGAUUUUACCAGCUACUGUUUCACUACCUUUUAGUCAAAACCAAGUUUGUUCUUAAUCUUUUGGUAUAAAGUAUUGUAGAGGAGGCCAAGCCACAGAGGAAAGGGUGAAGAGUGAAUUCCUGACAUUCCAUGCUAACAUACACUGUAAUGCUUUCUUUAAAAUAACUAAACACAAAAGAAAAUCUCUGAAGUAGUUUGCUGCUAAUAUAUACAUAUAUUGUAAAAAGUAUAUUUUAAUUUUCUUAAUACCCUUGUUGACUUUUCUACAAUGAACAUUUUUUAACUUGAUUUAAUAAAAAUGUUAAUUUUGGACGUGCAGUUUUGUGAAAACCCUUUUUAGUUAAACAGUGAUGACUUUAUGUUCAAUAAUACAAACACACAGGAAGCCAUACAUCUUAAUGCUUUUGUUGUUUCUUGAGCGUGACGUUUACUAUGUUCUCUAGCACUUUGAGUGGACAUACAGGAGUGCAAUUCUAGGGUCUGUAUAAUGAACUCUUUAAAAGGAGAGUUCUGUCCAUAGUUCUUCCAGUUUAAAGCAAUAACUUUGAUACUUUUAUAGUUUAAUUUAGCCAAUGUGUUCAUCAACAGUCCUGGGAUGUGCAAACUUCUUUAAAGGGAGACUUAUACUGGAGGCCAUUUUGAAAUCCUGUUUUGAAGUCUUGUGGAUGAGUUAAAUAUUAAUAUAUUAAUAGCUUUUUCAUAAGAAUUAUCCUUUUUUCUUUUUUUCUGGAAACAUCUGACUAUGGAAAGAACUUUUAAAUUCCUCCUUUUGUCAGUGGAUUAGGAACAGGGAUAGACUUCACAAUUAAUCCAUAGGGGAAAAAGCCCCCAAGUCGUCUUGUUUGUAGCUGUCAGGAUAAGGAGAGAGGCUGUAGCAAUAUGCUGAUGCAUUACAGUACCAGUUAGGAAAGGCAUUUCUCCUUACUACUUAGUUUGUUGUUAAAUACAGUGUUAUUUGAGAUGUAUUGCUUUAUUUUUCAAUUAAAAAUGGUUUUCUCCUA